AUGCGGAGUUACGUGACAAAAGUGCACAUGCGGAACCGUACGAGAAUCUUGAUUUUGCCUACAUUGCCGUCCACGGAUGGCAAUAUCUCCUAUCCCAAAGAUUGCCCAUUUACGGCCAUGUUACCAACUGUGCCAAAAUGUCGCAAAAAACGUGUUUUGUCACCUGACGGUCACUGCAGACCUUUCGACAUCAAGGCAAACGGAUAUUCACGUGGUGAAACAGUGACAGUGGCAUACAUUCAAAAGAUGAAGAAUGCGAAAAGGAUUUACGCCAUAUGUCCACAUAUUAAAUUGAACAAUGAUGGCUAUAAAGAAGAAGGACUAACAUAUCCAUCGAUGCUUAUGCAAAGUACUUUACUGAUGGAAUUUUACGAUGAAUGCGGAAUACCGAAAUCAUGUUUGGAUUACAUUGAAGCACAUGGUACGGCUACCAAAGUUGGCGAUUUUCAGGAAGUUAGUGCACUCCAGAACGCUUUGUGUAAAAAUAGAGAAACUCCGUUAAUGAUUGGUUCUGUAAAAUCUAAUCUUGGUCAUGCUGAAAGUGCGAGUGGUUUUGGUCAGAUCGCCAAGAUAAAACAAGUAAUUUUUGCUUUUAUUUACUAA